AUGUCAUUUGUAGCAUCUGCAUACUGGAGAGUAGGACGUUAUAAAGAGGCCGAAGAGCUAGAGGUAAAGGCUUUGGCUGGGAGGGAGAGGCUCCUUGGUCCGGACCAUGAAGACACUCUCACAUCCAUGAAUAAUCUGGCGAUUACCUACGAUAAGCAGGGACGUCUAAAAGAGGCCGAAGAGCUACAUCUGAAGGCUUUGGCUGGGAGGGAGAGGCUUCUUGGUCUGGACCAUGCAGAUACUCUCACACCCAUGAAUAAUCUGGCGACUACCUACUAUAAACAGGGACGUCUGAAAGAGGCCGAAGAGCUACAUCUGAAGGCUUUGGCUGGGAGGGAGAGGCUUCUUGGUCCGGACCAUGCAGAUACUCUCAAAUCCAUGAAUAAUCUGGCGAUUACCUACGAUGAGCAGGGACGUCUGAAAGAGGCCGAAGAGCUACAUCUGAAGGCUUUGGCUGGGAGGGAGAGGCUUCUUGGUCCGGACCAUGCAGAUACUCUCAAAUCCAUGAAUAAUCUGGCGAUUACCUACGAUGAGCAGGGACGUCUGAAAGAGGCCGAAGAGCUACAUCUGAAGGCUUUGGCUGGGAGGGAGAGGCUUCUUGGUCUGGACCAUGCAGAUACUCUCACACCCAUGAAUAAUCUGGCGAGUACCUACUAUAAACAGGGACGUCUGAAAGAGGCCGAAGAGCAACAUCUGAAGGCUUUGGCUGGGAGGGAGAGGCUUCUUGGUCCGGACCAUGCAGAUACUCUCAAAUCCAUGAAUAAUCUGGCGAUUACCUACGAUGAGCAGGGACGUCUGAAAGAGGCCGAAGAGCUACAUCUGAAGGCUUUGGCUGGGAGGGAGAGGCUUCUUGGUCUGGACCAUGCAGAUACUCUCACAUCCAUGAAUAAUCUGGCGAUUACCUACUGUAAGCAGGGACGUCUAAAAGAGGCCGAAGAGCUGGAUCUGAAGGCUUUGGCUGGGAGGGAGAGGCUCCUUGGUCCGGACCAUGUACACACUCUCACAUCCAUGAAUAAUCUGGCGGUUACCUACGAUGAGCAGGGACGUUAUAAAGAGGCCGAAGAGCUGGAGCUGAAGGCUUUGGCUGGGAGGGAGAGGCUCCUUGGUCCGGACCAUGUAGAUACUCUCGAAUCCAUGAAUAAUCUGGCGAUUACCUACCGUAAGCAGGGACGUCUAAAAGAGGCCGAAGAGCUACAUCUGAAGGCUUUGGCUGGGAGGGAGAGGCUCCUUGGUACGGACCAUGCAGACACUCUCACAUCCAUGAAUAAUCUGGCGAGUACCUACUAUAAACAGGGACGUCUGAAAGAGGCCGAAGAGCAACAUCUGAAGGCUUUGGCUGGGAGGGAGAGGCUCCUUCGUACGGACCAUGCAGACACUCUCACAUCCAUGAAAAAUCUGGCGAUUACCUACCGUAAGCAGGGACGUCUAAAAGAGGCCGAAGACUUAGAGUCGGUGAUCUUGUCCCGUAAAUCUAGGGGGGCCCAUUGA